ACGGAUUUUACCCACAUUGACCGGAUUGAGUCGGGUGGAUACCCGUGAGUUCGGGUUUUGUUGCCAUCCUAGUGACAACCAUGGUUUCUAUCAUUCUAUGUGAGCGAAGCUGGUUGUGCUUUCCCAAUCGGGCUAAGCCAGGCCCAAGUUUCGCAAAAAAAGGGGACAGGGCCCAAAAUAAGCUAAUGUAAAGAGGGCGGUUUCGGGAAUCGGGAAUGCAGAAUUCCAACGGCUAUUUUUUUCAUAGUUCCGUUCGAUUUCCCCUAAAGCCCUAAAUCUCCAUUGUUCCCGUGAUGGAGCUAUAAAACGCUCGCUCUCCAACUCGAUUUCUUCACCAAUUGCUCUCUCUGCUUUGCUACGAUUCUCCAAUUGACAAACCACAAAGCACCUCUCUCAGCGCUUCAUUCUACUUCUCACGGCUCUCGUCUCAGAAUCUGCUCUGCUUGCCGGCGAUUCCUUUCUGUUUUUAUCUUGAUUUGCGAUUGAAUCUAACCUCUUGUUUUGCAGAUCUUCCUGUUGUUGAUUGCUCGCUUAUUUUUCCUGAGUUUCUUGGUUAAUUGUUUACGGUGAAUUGUUAGGUUUGCUUCUUGUUUCGUUUUUGCUCUGUUUUUGCUCUGUGUUUGAAUUGAUGGAUGCAGGAUCUGCAAAUAUGAGCUACACCACCCCCAAUCCCAGAUUCCCUCUGCAGAGAAGGGGUUCCAAAGAGAACUUGGACAGAUUCAUCCCGAACCGUUCAGCUAUGGACAUGGAUUACGCCCAUUUCAUGGUGACUCAAGGUAGGAAAGAAAAGGAUAACUUAGUCCCAAGCUCUCCUUCAAGCGACGCCUACAAGAGACUGCUCGCCGAGACCUUGAACCUGAACCGAACCAGAAUCCUGGCGUUCAAGAACAAGCCUCCUGUCCCUGUCCAGCUGAUCCCUCAUCAACACACUUCUUCAGCUUCUUCCACAACACACCAGGCUAAACCCACCAAACCCCGCAGGCACAUCCCACAGACUUCAGAGAGAACACUGGAUGCUCCAGACCUCUUAGACGACUUCUACUUGAACUUGCUCGACUGGGGCAGCAGCAACGUUCUAGCCAUAGCUCUAGGAAGCACGGUUUACCUCUGGGAUGCAUCCGACGGCUCCACUUCUGAGCUCGUGACAGUGGACGAAGAACACGGCCCUGUCACCAGCGUGAAUUGGGCUCCAGAUGGCCGCCACAUCGCUAUUGGACUCAACAACUCCGAAGUUCAGUUGUGGGAUUCAGCAUCCAACAAACAACUACGAACACUUAAAGGUGGGCACAGAUGUCGCGUUGGCUCACUGGCAUGGAACGACAACAUCCUUACCACAGGAGGAAUGGACGGCAGGAUCGUCAACAACGACGUCCGGGUUCGCGACCACAUUGUCGAGACUUACAGAGGCCACACACAGGAAGUCUGCGGGCUCAAAUGGUCAGCGUCAGGGAAGCAACUAGCAAGUGGGGGAAACGACAAUCUCCUCCAUAUCUGGGACAGAUCGGUGGCAUCCUCCAACUCCCCAACCCAGUAUCUCCACCGGCUCGAGGAUCACACUUCAGCAGUCAAGGCCCUCGCGUGGUGUCCAUUUCAGUCCAACUUGCUUGCUUCGGGAGGCGGAGGUGGAGACAGGACGAUCAAGUUCUGGAACACACACACAGGGGCGUGCUUGAACUCUGUGGACACCGGAUCGCAGGUUUGUGCACUGCUGUGGAACAAGAACGAGAGGGAGCUUCUGAGUUCUCAUGGGUUCACGCAGAAUCAGCUGACUCUGUGGAAGUAUCCGUCAAUGGUGAAGACCGCGGAGCUCACGGGGCAUACGUCGAGGGUUUUGUUCCUGGCUCAGAGUCCCGAUGGGUGUACCGUGGCCUCGGCUGCUGGAGAUGAGACACUGAGGUUCUGGAAUGUGUUUGGUGAUCCUAAUGAAGCGGCAAAGAAAUCGGCUCCGAAAAAGAAUCAGGAGCCUUUCGCUUGGGCGAAUCGCAUCAGGUGAAGAAGGAUUUGCUUAUGAUCAAGAGCUGUUUCUUGCAGUGGAUUUAAGCUAGCAAUUGUGAAUUUUUAGUAGGCUUCUGAGAUAGAUAGUCCACUAGUGAAGAAGCGGCCCCCUGCUUCCUUACUGUUGCCCAGAUUUUCACUUGAAUGAUCAUGUUCUCUAUGAAAAAAGGCUGCUGCCCAAGUGGAUGUCAUAAACAAGUAAAUAUAAAGACGAAUCAUCAUUAAUCCCCCAGAUUUUCACUUGAAUGAUCAUGUUCUCUAUGAAAAAAGGCUGCUGCCCAAGUGGAUGUCAUAAACAAGUAAAUAUAAAGACGAAUC